AUAUCACAAAAUAAUGAAAACGCAAGGUCAUGAGUUUUGACCUUGACCGGGCAAGAGCCUAGAGCCAAGAGGUGAUGAUGAUGUUGAUGUACUUAUAUGAGAUAGAUGCCCCUUCUUCUUCUGCAUCACAAACUGAUUAAGAAAAAGUUUUAAUCAUCAAAUCUAAAAGAGAGACUUUGACUUUUCUUUGCGAUCGAAGAUGGCUGAUGCUUUCACGGAUGAACAGAUCCAAGAGUUUUACGAAGCCUUCUGUCUUAUCGACAAAGACUCCGAUGGGUUCAUCACGAAGGAGAAGCUAACGAAGGUGAUGAAGUCCAUGGGGAAGAAUCCAAAGGCAGAACAACUGCAACAGAUGAUGAGCGACGUCGACAUCUUUGGCAACGGUGGUAUCACUUUUGAUGAUUUCUUGUAUAUUAUGGCUCAAAACACUUCUCAGGAAUCGGUAUCGGAUGAGUUAAUAGAUGUAUUCAGAGUGUUCGACAGAGACGGAAACGGUUUCAUAUCUCCACUUGAGUUGGGAGAAGGAAUGAAGGACAUGGGGAUGAAGAUAACUGCGGAAGAAGCGGAGCAUAUGGUCCGAGAAGCUGAUCUCGAUGGCGAUGGUUUUCUUUCUCUGCAUGAGUUCUCUAAAAUGAUGAUCGCUGCCUCUUAUUAGCAUGUUUUUGUGAAAUGCCAUGAAUGAUAUAAGAGAGUUUUUUUUUGCACUUUACUACAACUACUUUUCAAUAUGUUAAAGAAAGAUCCUAUCAUAUGUUUUUUUUUUCGUAUUUUCCCAACAUACAAUAAUAAGAGUGUGACUUUUAUAUCUAUGAUA